UAGCGACGAAAGUUAGUUAGUUCUGGCUGCAGCGUUUUCGGGCGGUCUUCCAAGUUUCAGCUUCUUGUCCAUAGCCGCUCACGACUGUUCAUCCUUCAGCCAUGUCUCUCUCAGUUUACGCCCUGAUCAGCAUUGCGCUGCUUGUCCUCGCUGGACCGAGCGCUGCCGACACCUACUGCGGAUUGGUGACUUGCCCGCCGGAUGGCUAUCCUGACCUGGUUGACUGCUGCUCAAAUGACAGCUUAAACACAGGCUGCUGCUCUGGCAUUCUCCUUGCUGGAUGGGCUAUCGGUGUGAUAGCGACUGGGUGCAUCCUGACGGUCGGCGGCAUUAUCAUGUGCUGCCUGUGCUGCGCGUGCUGCCCCUGUUUCCAAUACCGCCAGCAGAGGCAGACAACCUACGUCACAACCACUGCUUACCAGCCCAUGCCGGUCGCCACUGCCGCAACCACUACCAGAGUGUACACAUAGUGUGAUGGUCUCUGCAUCCAAGAACCAUCUCCGGCGAUGGAGUCAUUCAUCUUGACCAACUUGCAGCUACAUGUACUCGCGCAUUGUUGAAUGCUCUUGUUCUUUUCUGUUGGAAUCCUCUAGUGCUAUGUCAGUUUUGACACGUCCCCUUCUUUGUUCCAGCUUGCUUCGUUUUCAACAGCUGCCUUGGGUUGCCUGUCAGACACGAGUGUGCAUGUUGCAUUGUCUGCAAGUAUCCUCCUUUGAGGAAUUCUGUAAUAUUAAGAUCUACAUGACUGCAUGCAUGUAUAAUAACUAUCCUUCUUUCUGCGUAAUGUAUGGCUCGGUUCUGCUCCUUAUGCUGGGUCAUCUUGUUAUCAGGUUACAUUGGUGUUUUGCGUCCGUGAAUCCGGCCGGAUACAGCAAACCUGAAAAUCGUUUAAAAAAAGCA